GACAGAGAGAGAGGAGAAAGAGAAGGCAGAGAGAGAGAGAGAGAGAGGGCAGAGGGGGGAGAAACAGAGGAGAGAGAGAGAGGGAGCGAGCGCUGCGCUGUAAGGUUUGUACCCCGUAUAUUCAGCGUGUCUGAUGAAACGAAGUCUCCGUAGAAUCUCUGAAGUCACUGGACUGUUUAUUAAACGAUUUAUUGGAUUGUUUACCGGGAGUGACCAUGAGGACCACAAGGAACCUGAGCAGCCUGGCCAGUGUCCUGCUGUGUUCAGUCAUGCUGUGCACACAGGCGGCUUCUGAAAGUAAGAUCUUUGGAGAAGAUCAGGUGCGGAUGACGUCGGAGGGGUCGGACUGCCGCUGCAAGUGUGUGAUGCGUCCAUUGCCGCGGGAUGCGUGUGCUCGGCUGCGCACCGGGAGCGCGAGGGUGGAGGACUUCUACACCGUGGAGACGGUGAGUUCAGGUGCAGACUGCAAGUGCUCCUGUACAGCCCCGCCCUCAUCGCUCAACCCCUGUGAAAACGAGUGGAAGAUGGAGAAACUGAAGAAACAAGCACCAGAACUGCUGAAGCUGCAGUCCAUGGUAGAUCUCCUGGAAGGAACUCUGUUCAGUAUGGACCUCAUGAAGAUCCACUCCUACAUCAACAAAGUGGUUUCUCAGAUGAACAAUCUGGAGGAGGUGAUCAAGACCAACCUGACCCGCGAGAACGACUUUGUACGAGACAGCAUGGCGGCUCUGACCAACCAGCUACGGCAAUACGAGAAUCAGUCUAAUCUCAUGAUGAGCAUAAAGAAGGAGCUGUCCAAUCUGGGCCUUCAGCUGACGCAGAGAGACUCCACCCCCAGCACCAAGGUACAGGACACGCUCAGUGGGAAAUUAAAAGAUUCCAGCAGGCUCGUCACAAAGAAAACAGAGAAAGUAAAAGUGCCAGCCAAAGCCGCCAAAGAGAAGCCUGUCAAGUCCAAGCAGGAGGCGUCCAAUGAAGCUAAACAUGAGAGGGCAGAUCCGGCAGGGAAAACCCAUCCCAGCCAGCAGCAGCCAGGACACGUCCGCGGCAUCACCUACUACAAAGCAGACAAACCAGAACGGCCACAGAGUACGGAUCAGGAGGCGGAGCCCGAUGAGGUGGACAUGGUACUGGAAGUGGAGGAAGCUGCCUCAAUGCCUAUUACUGCGGCAACAUAUACCAACACAGCCACAUCCAUAAAAACAACCACCACCACCACAAUGACAACCCAAAGCACAACAACCAGCAGAGCAGUGGCCAGAGAAGAGCGUCCAGUUCCGACCAUCCUGCUAACGCUGGACAACACCAUCAACCUCACGCACACUGCUGCAGGUAAAGAGGUCCUGUGUGAGGGGACGAUAGCGUCAGUGGCUGAACCUGUGAAACAGCACAGCUACGGGAGGAACGAGGGCGCAUGGAUGAAGGAUCCCGCGGCAAAGGACUCCAAAAUCUACAUCACCAACUAUUAUUAUGGCAACAGUCUGGUGGAGUUCAGAAACUUGGAAAACUUCAAACAAGGUCGGUGGAGUAACCUGUACAAACUGCCCUAUAACUGGAUCGGAACAGGCCAUGUCGUAUACAGGGGGGCGUUUUACUACAACCGCGCCUUCACCAAGAACAUCAUCAAGUACGAGCUGCGGCAGCGCUACGUCGCGGCCUGGACGCAGCUCCAUGAUGCCGUUUAUGAGGACGCCACGCCCUGGAAAUGGAGGGGUCACUCAGACAUCGACUUUGCCGUGGAUGAGAGUGGAUUGUGGAUCAUCUAUCCAUCUGCGGACUAUGACUAUGCCCAGGCUGAGGUGAUUGUGGUGGCCAGACUGGAUCCUAAUGACCUGUCUGUUCGCAAAGAGACCACAUGGCGGACAGGGCUGAAACGGAACUCUUACGGGAACUGCUUCAUCGCCUGCGGCGUGCUGUAUGCUGUUGAUGCUUAUGACCGGAGAGAUGCCCAAGUUUCAUACGCGUACGACACACACACAGGUGCCGAGAGGUCGCCAGGGUUACCGUUUGUUAACGAAUACUCCUUCACCACGCAGAUCGACUACAACCCGAAGGAGAAGGUUCUGUUUGCCUGGGACAACGGACACCAGCUCACCUACAACAUCACAUUCUUAGAGCGCGAUCAGAAAUGACCUCAUCAAAUCUGCCAGUUACGUGUGGGUGUAAAUACACUUACAUUUCUUUAUUUAACGAUUCAGUGCAUCAUGAACUCUCUGGUUUCACGAUAGUUCAGCUCAGUGUUUUUGGUACAGUUCGGGAGUGGAGAAUUGGUUAGAAGUAGACCUUCAGUUUGGGCCACAAAUGACCAAAAACGUAAAUACGAUAAUGCUAAUUUCUACCAGCGCCCCUAUGGGAUUCUAAUACUACAUUAGUUCUGAUUUUGGUCAUCCUAAAUUAAACACAGAUGUUUGAAGCUUGUAAAGACAUUAACUUAUAUUUGAGCUUGUGUGUAUCAGUUUUACACUGACUCUUUCAGUAAAGGUCCUGGUAUUGAGCUGCCGUCGCUGUCUUAGACUACGACUCAUGUUCACAUGAGUUCACAGUCAGUGACGUAUCUAGAACCUCCAGAAGGACUAGAGUGAUGUUUUUACUGAGUAAAUUAGUCCCACCCCAUUGUAAAAGCAAAGUGCCAUUGGUUGAUUCCUCGGUAGUUAAUCUAAUGUGUAAGGCCUUCAGUCCAGCUCCCGAAGUCCUAACCAAAGGAGGGCUUACUCGGCUGUAUCUACCUACAUACCACCGAGAAUUUUCCACUGGGCAAGAUUUUAACUACCAAAACUAAACAGUGAAACACUACAAUACUUGGAGUUUGAAUACAACAAUCAUCAUGAUUCUAUUUAUUAAAAAUGAAUCAUGUAUUUUUAGUUCAUAGAAAGGCUUUCUCUGAUCUAGAAGGCCAUUAAGGUUCCUCACUGUAAUUCAGUGUUAUUAUUAAAAAUUAUUAUACAGAAAUGUGGUAUUAUAAUCAUGCAGUAUUGCAAUAUAGACAGUAACAACAAGACACCAAGAAGUACAUUUUCAGCACAUUUGCAUUCAAAAUGUACCAUAUUUCUUUACAACCAAAUAAAAUUAAUGAGAGCAGAUUAUUAUUAUUAUUGAUUACAAUUGACAAACGUAAUGCAGUUGAAUUACCACUUUCAGGUUGAUGUUUACACCCUGCUGCUUUAUGGUUUCAUAUUCCUGACUGGCCAGUGUUUAUGUUGAUAACCGUCUGUCUCACUGUCAGUUGUAUAACAACUGGGUUUAAUGUAAAACGUUCAUUAAAAAACAAAUCUAUAUACAGUGAAGUG